UUUCAGAUCGAACCCAGUGUGACCGUUAAGUUCCACGAUCUCCCCAUCGCUGCAUCGGACAGCGGCGCCGGCGAGUCUUCUUUUUCUCGGGGAGGACGUCUGUUUCCUUCCCGGGGAACGGAGCGCGUUCCGUCCCGAUUUUUGUCCCCGCCGUCGCUGGAAUGUGCGAGCGCAAGGCGAGCCUGUUGGCAUACGCUCGCGUGCAUUUGCGUUGUCGUGCGUGUAGUGACGCACACCAACGAGCGCCGUACACGUACACACUACUGCCACGCGUGUGCAUUCGUUGUACACAACGGCGCAACGCAAUGAUGCACCGAUGAACUCCAUCUGUUUCGCCGUGACAGGAUGCGUCGUCCGUCGUGAGCGCGUCGCUCGUCGAAAAGCCGCACUCGCGAGAAUCACAUUCUGGAAUGCUCGUGACUCGGGAAGCGAACGUUUAUCUUUCGUAUCCGAAAAAUCACGGAUUUUGGGAAGCGCAGCGGACUGCGCUCGUGGAAAAAUUCCCGCAGGCGGUCGUGAGAGACGACCUUCCGUUGCAACUUAAUCGCAUGCGGUUCUGCAUCUUCUCCGAGCGCGCGUUUAAUUCCGCUCGAUGCCGAGCUAACGCGAUAAGCUAAAACCCCGGUGACGGUGUAUUCUCGGACUCUCUCAGGCAGCAGAAAAAGACGAUCGGGAAGAGUUUUUGUUGAAAUAUAAAAAUAUAGACGUUAUAUAUAGUAUAUUAAGAAUCGCAUGAUAGCAGUUCGACGUCGAGAUAGGACACGAUUUCACCGUAUCGGAACGAUAGAAAGUUUCGUCCGUGUGGCUGAAAAACUUGGUGUUCUCGGUGCGCAAUAGUGUAAGCGACCGAAUUCACUAUCAGUAAAUAGGGAGUAUUUACUGGGGAAAAUGUGUAAUGUUGGAGUGAUACAAUAUAGAGACAUAGGUGGAGCAAUUGAACAUAACAGACUGUGGUGUGUCUCGCUUAGUUGAUGUACGGAACAUUGUCUCAAACGGUCGUCUAGCACUUUUGCAUAUCCUUAAUCUUGCUCUGUCCAAAACAAAACAAAAAGAAAAAUAUCCGUUGUUUAUAAAAUCGCAAAAUUUAAUGAGGCUUGGAGUGCCUCAAAAGAGGGGAAACUUUCUUUUGAGAAGGUAUAGCGUUCUACAAUUCACUUUAACGAACAAUGAACCAUUCGGGAAGCGGAAAACGCCAGGCGAAGGUUUUGGAAGAAAAUUAUUGGGACUGCAGUGUCUGCACUUAUAGAAAUACAGCGGAAGCAUUUAAGUGCCUCAUGUGUGACGUCCGCAAGGGAACCUCUACGCGGAAACCCCGCAUAAACCCCCAAUUGGUAGCUCAACAGGUUGCACAGCAACAGUAUGUGCCACUUCUGAAACCAGGUAAAAAGGAAGGAAGUGGCGGUGGUAGCACAACCAGUGGCAUCAAGGACAAGGACCGCAAGGACAAGCUGAGACGUAAGAACAGGCAUCCGCCGCGUUUGAAAAAUAUCGACCGCAGCACAGCGCAAACGAACGAGGUGACAGUCAACAAUGUUACCGUCACUAUCACGGAAUACAAGCCGAAAGUGAAGAAGGCAUCGGACCAGUCGAGCAAUGCUAGUUCCGAAGGUGGAAACCAGCACGAUUCCAAUCAGGACUCGAGAAGUCUCGAUGUGGGAACCGACGCUUAGCUUAAUGUUAAUGUUAAAAAAAAAUAUAUACAUAUAUAUAUAUAUAUAUAUAUGUACGAAUUAUUCUAAUUAAUAUAUUAUAUACGACGUAUAUAUACAUAUAUAUGUCAACCUUUAUGGUCAACUGUUGUACAUCCUUUUAGACAGAAACGACCAUUGUUGACUGUCACUUUUCCGCUCGUUUGACUAUGCGUUGCAGUUUAUAAUAAACCCACUAAAAGGUCAGACAUUUUUAUGCUAUCAAUGGGAAUACAUUAUCCGUACAAUUUUGUAAUAUUAUUCGUUUGAACGAAAAUUAUAUAUAAUUUGUGAAUCAUCGUUCUACUUGUGUUGCGAUAAUUCGCGUCUUUUUAAAAGCGAUAUUAGCGGAAAACAGAAAUCGUACUCAAAAGCGUUUGUUGCACGGACCUCGAGUUUUUAAUCUGUGUAUUUAUUGAAGUUAAAGUGUUAUUUAAAGUGUCUCUGUGAAAUGUGAGAUACACUAAAUUUAUUAUCACGCUGAAUUUAAAUAGAAUGCACACGCGAGAUUGUAAAUAUUUAACGCAUUAUGUCAAUUGUGUGGAAUUCUGCAAGCCAUUGUUGACAUAAAAUUGUCCUCGACUUUAUUGUAUUUACCGAGACCACUGCCAGAAAAAACGUGUCGUAAGACGAUUGUUAUGUAGACUUUGUUAACGGGAUUGUCUUACGCGCGCGCGACAUAUGACUUUUGCUUACUUUAUACAAUAAUUAACCAGCGUGACUGGCAUUGGUAUGCAUCUUUUAUCCCAUUCCAACUCGUUCGUGAAAACCAAAUUUUUUUCCAAACGUUUUAACGAAAAAUAUUGCAUGAAUAUAUUUCCCCAAUUAUAUACUUACGUAUUUCGAUUUUAUAUUGUACAGUUGAAUUUGUGCUGAUUAUAUUCGAAGCCCAUUUCGAUGUCUCUCAAACAUUUAUAUAGACAAAUAUCGAUUUAUAUAUAUGUAACAUACACAUGUACUUCUCGUACUGAAUAUGAAAAAACCAUGUUUAUUGAAGAAAUAAAAAUUAUUGGAGAACGAACAUUUUAUUUCCAGCACAAACAAGCCAAAUGGAAAAAAUUUAUAAAAUGAAAAAGUGUAUUAUUAUUAAUAAAUUUCGAGGGAAUGCGGAUACACUCAACGCGCGUGAAAAAAUCUUCAACGUAUUCGAAUAAAAUCAUUUCAUAUAAAUUUCGCGAAAAAGAUGAAUGAAAUUUGGUAAAAAAAAUUAUGUCCGUAAACAUUAAAAAGACGUUUUGUACAAGAAUCCUCACGUGAUCGAUCUUUAGACUUGUUCUCAUUAUCGCACACACACACACCGAUAUCUUGAAUUCUUCAUAUAAAAACCAAAACAAAACGUUGCAUAUAUACACAAACACUUGUAUGUUUUUACAAAAGAAUUUGUAAUCAAUAGAUCAUCGGGUGACACACAUUUAAGAACGAUAUACCAGCACGCAGAUUAUAUUUUUACAAUAUUGUGGAAUCACGUAUAAAAUUAUUACCUUUACCGUCUUAUCGUAUAAUCACUUCAGCUUCUCCUCACAUGUUGCAAAGCUAUCUGUACUUUAAUAAAACAUUUGAAGUAAA